UCAAUUCUGCAAGUGGUUCUGAUUUACUAUCGCUGUUCUCUAGCUGAUCUAAACCCGCUUUUGACCUAAAGGGACACUUUUUGGACGCCAUGGACGUUUCUCAGUUUCCAGGCAGAAAGAACAGACAAAAUGUAGGCAGGGCACAGGACAAAGCACUAGGGACAAUAUGUAUGUGAAUGUGAAAAAUGUGUUUUGAAAAAAAUGACAUUUUUUAAAAUUUUCAAAUUUCCCGCCGCCGACGCCCGUACGUCCCGACGUCACGGGGACCGGAACACAGAAGCCGGAUGCCGGCAUCGGCCGGAGGAGAUGGCCGGGGACGCUGCAGGGGACACA